AUGGCUCAACGCGUCACUUAUAGGCGUAGGUUGUCGUACAACACUAAGUCGAACAAGUGCAAAAUCGUGAAAACUCCUGGUGGCCGGCUAGUUUACCAAUACUUGAAGAAACGCGGAUCUGUGCCAAGAUGCAAGGACACCGGCGUCAAGCUUCAUGGUUCGCUUGAAACUUUCAAAACACUGAUGGGAGCUCCAAACGCUCCAUAA